AUGCCUCACGCCGACUCCUCCUAUUUCAUGCCCGGCUCCAAAGCCGACAUAUACGAACAGCUCCUGCUAUCAGCACAAGGACUCCUAGACGGCCAACGGAAUUGGGUCAGCAACCUCUCCAACGUCGCUUCCCUUCUAUGGCACGCAUACGCCUCCCUCCCCGCCCCCUCGUCCUCCGUCAACUGGGCGGGGUUCUACAUCCGCGAUGACAAAUUCCCGGCUCUCGCUUCGCCGGUUACCUCGCCGCCUUUGCCUGGUGCGCCCGGGUCCGGCGGUGUGAUUAUCUCCACUACAUACUCUUCCUCGGAGGACCAGCUUCUUCUUCUUGGGCCGUUCCAUGGAAAGCCUGCGUGUCAGGAGAUUCGGUUCGGCAAGGGUGUUUGUGGUACUGCUGCUGCGAAGCAGGAGACUGUUGUUGUUCCGGAUGUUCUGAACUUCCCUGGGCACAUUGCAUGCGAUGCGGAGAGCCGCAGCGAGAUUGUUGUGCCUAUCUUGGUUAAUGGAGAGACUGUCGCUAUUAUUGACAUCGACUGCACUGAGCCCUCUGGAUUUGACGACGAGGAUAAGAAGUACCUUGAGAAAUUGGCUACCCUUCUGGCUGAACAAUGCGACUGGUAA